CUCCUUUCAAAAGUGUAGCUGCGGCAACUUCACUUUAUCCUCCAUCUUAUAUACCUGACUGUUAUUAAUUACCUGCACCUCUCAUUCAAUACUGUUUAUAUUUACACAUCAUGGCUAACGCAAACUCGCCAAUACCGACCACCAAUUACACUAGUGACAAACAACCUAAUUCAACCACAGCCGUAGCAACAAACCCAACUUCUGCCGUCGUAGGUGACUACGUUGUCAGCUCAAAGAUUGGCCAAGGCUCAUUUGCCACCGUCUUCAAGGCUGUACACAAGACAAAUCGGCGUCCCGUUGCUAUAAAAUCCGUCCUCAAGCAGAAACUCACCAGGAAGUUAUUUGAGAAUUUGGAAUCCGAGAUAUCAAUCUUGAAAGCGAUAAGGCAUGAUCACAUUGUAGGCCUGAUUGAUAUCCAGAAAACGGAUACCCAUAUACAUCUCAUCAUGGAGUACUGCUCAAUGGGAGAUCUCUCACAGUAUAUCAAACGAAAAAAGAGCAAGCACAUAUCGCGUGGUCCUGCAGGGGGCUUGAGCGAGGAUGUUGUUCGCCAUUUUCUGAAGCAAUUGGCAUCCGCGCUGGAGUUUCUUCGUUCACAGAAUCUCGUCCACAGAGACAUUAAACCACAGAACUUACUAUUGGUUCCUGUUAGUGACACGCCAGACAAUGAAGACGCUAUCGGAUUCUCAAAUUUACCCCGCUUGAAAGUGGCUGACUUUGGAUUUGCUCGCAUUUUACCUUCAAGCAGUCUUGCCGAUACUCUAUGUGGUUCACCCUUGUAUAUGGGCCCAGAAAUUCUCUCAUACAAAAAGUAUGACGCCAAAGCUGACUUAUGGAGCGUGGGAGCAGUUGUGUUUGAAAUGAUUACAGGAAGGCCACCUUUUCGCGCAUCCAACCAUGUCGAGCUUUUGAAAAUCAUUGAAGAAAACGAUGACCGGAUAGUGUUCCCCGACGAGCGGGCAUCCCAUUCCCGACCAAGUUCCUUGGGAGAUGGAAAACAUGAAUCUUCGCCUACCGGACCCAUUAUCAGUGAUGAGUUGAAGGACCUCAUACGGCAUUUAUUGAAAAAGAACCCAGUCGAGCGUAUCUCGUUUGAAGAAUUUUUUAUGCACCCUGCAAUUACCCAAGGAAGAGACAGUAUACCCCAAUCAUCUUUGUCACUUCAAGCUGCUAGUGCCUUGAAUGACCAACGACGACCAAAGUCUUCCUCCUUGGAACGACCUACCAUCACACCUCUUCAAAUCAGCAACGCACAUCGAGAAGAUGAAGUUCCUCCUUUUGCUACCGUGCAAACCACUCCUCUAAAUGCAAAACCGUAUUACGUCGAACAAGAUCGUUAUCAACAGCUCAAUAGCGCUCCUGUUGUCGAUACCUUGACAACUGCGAGACGCAGGGCGUCCAACGACAAUGUUGGUUUGAAAUUAGUAGCUCAAGAGGGCCGAAUGCACAGUCAACCCGUCAAUGUCAUUCAUAGUGAAAACGAUCCUCAGUCUCGACAAAGCAGUCGUCGACAAAGCUAUUCUCCACGUAUUGAAUCCAAUUUUGAUGAUUUGCAACAAAACAAGGAACGCUACCCUCCUAAUGCUACUAGUCAACAACGGCUUAGGCGAGAUGGGAAUGCUGAGUCGGAUGUUCUUGAUGAGUACGUUGUGCUGGAUCGCAAGACUAUUGAGAACAACCAAUUUGCUGAUGAACUGGAUGCUUCCCCUCGUACAUUCGAUGAACCUGAUCGUAAUGGACGUGUGGUUUCUCGUAACAAGGUACAUCGACUAUCAUCAAGUCCUCUUGCGCGACCGGCAUCGAUUAGCCAAAGGACGCCUUCUCCCCAGCAAUCCAGUCUUCCUAGAGCCUAUGAACACUUUUCCACAUCACCGCCCAACUCUCUUCGCUCGUAUACUGGCACGACUCCUCCAUUUGCCAUCCCUCGUGAACGCAACAGCAGCACAGGCAGCAGUGGUGGAUCGGCUCUGGCUCGUGCUCUCUCCAUGGCAUCGGUUCGUCUGUUUGGUACUGGCAAUUCUCCACCCAAUUGGAAUCAGCCUACCACCGGUGGCGUGGCCUUUGGCACAGGCGGUAGUAAUCCGGAAGAAGAUGCAAUUAUCAAGCAGAUUGAAGAUGCUGCCUGUAAAGCUCACGCCGUGGCCCAAUUUGCCGACAGUAAAUUUGUACAAAUCCAAGAAUACAACGAUACUUCUCCACAUCCCGAGCCAUUGCAAGUUCCCGUGCUAGCCGAAGAAGCAAUGGUUUUGUAUAUAAAGGCUCUGGCUCUCCUAGAAUCUGGUAUGAAGAUUGCUAAAGAUUAUUGGGCUCGUGUUAGUGCGACAGAGCCACAACAAGGGCAACCGAGGGUUGCACCUGUGCGAUUGAAUUCUGCCGUUCAAUGGAUGCGUGAGCGAUUCAACGAAUGCCUUGAUCGAGCAUCUUAUGCCAAGAACAAGUGCGAAGAUGAAAAUGCAGUCAACGCUUGCGUAGAAAAGCUACUGUAUGAUCGUGCAUUAGAGAUGAGUCGAGCCGCUGCUGUCAACGAGCUGGUAGGAGAGAAUAUCGCUGGUUGUGAGCGAGAUUAUAAAAUUGGUAUCUAUAUGCUCGAAGCUAUUCUUGAGGACGAAGAACAGGUUAUGGAGGAAGAUGAUCGUAGAAUCAUUAACAAGUUUGUUGAAUCUAUCAAAAAUCGCCUGAAUGUACUUCUUAAAAAGAAGGCUGCCAUGACUCAACAGCAGCAGCAGAUACCGAGCAGUAACACUAGCAAUGUAUAAAAAGUAUCAAGUCACAAUCCCCACACUUGUAAUAAAAAAAUCGGUGUUUGCUAUUUCCAGUGCGUUGUAU